AUGAGGCCGUGGCUGUUAUCUGCGAGCGCAUUGAGCGCGGGCGGCGGCGUGGGUGCGGUCCCCACGCUGGUGUCACAGUCUGGUCUUGGUGUGGAGGUGGACAUGGUGCAGGAAGGCGGCGGUGCGGCAGGCGAUGGUCUCAUCGCGCCGCGCCGCGUGCCCAACCCUUGUUUGGAGAGCCCACAGCGUAUGGACUUACACAGGGAGCUGCUCUUUAAUCAGAGGAUAGGUAAAAAUGUCCUCAACCAAAAAAGUGAGCUAGAAAAGGCUCUGUCGAAACACAAAGAGAAGCAAAUAAUGAACCAAGUGAAGGAACACAGGGAGACACCAGAGCUUGAGCGUGCGAUAGCAGAGCGAGCUCGCCGGUUGGAACAGGCAGAACAAAGUACGGAAGAACCAGAGACUGGUGCCAACCCUACACUGCAGCAGAUACGAGCCCGCCUUCGGCAUGCAGCGCCCUCUGCGCCAGCGGCCUCUGCCCACUGAACUAACUCAGCCUUACAUACAUCUAAAUAGGAAUAGGAUUGCCAAAAAGCCACGCGAUGAGCAAACUUUACCCUUCCCAACCUUUCUGUCUUUACACAAGUCUUAUAAUGUAUCGAGCUAAGAUGCUCUUGUCAGAGGUAAAGACAAAAACGUUGGACUAAUAUUCUUCGAAAAGACUCGUAGUAAUGUCUACUAAACUCAAGGUAUGCUAACUUGGUAGUUUACUCAAAUUCUAGGAACAGAAAUACUCCAAUUGAAUUCAAUUAUGUACAACCGAAUUUGCGUAAGCGGCCAAGGUUAUGCGUAACAACUUGCAUCUUACGAUUCAUAAAGUUGGUACGGCCUCCUUCGAGGACAGUCCUAUUGUUCUUUGGAUCGCAUAGUAGUCCCCGUAGUACUUCACCUGCCAACUUCAUUAUGAAUAUUUAAGUCUUACUCGCUCCUUCACAAACCACGUAGUUGUAGUAAUGGGACAUUAACAACCCGACCUAUAAGAUCGGGGGAUUUUGUACCACUCAUAUUUGAUCCAAGCCCUGUAGAAUAUAGUUCGAUAGAUGUUCUACUAUCAUCGUUAAUACUAGUGGAUAGUGGCCCUAAAAUAUCUAUUGGCUAAAAUAUAUAUUCCACUAUAAUCAAUUGUUACAAAAUUUCACUUGUCUCGAUAUUAGAUUCAGAAAAAGAUAUUUUAAAACAAUAUGAUGUCA